AAAAAAAUUGAAAAGGUAAGAAACGUGUGAAAUCCCAAAUCGACGAACUUUCCUUCUUCCCCAAAUUCUUUCUGUAAAGUUUCUUUCUCAUAUAUUACUCAAUUACUCAACUACCACUCCGUACAACAAUCGAUCCUCAUCUCAUCACAAUUAGGGUUUUCUUUCUUCCAAUUAUGGCCGCAAAUUCUCUUAGAGCUGGUUCUUCUUACGGCGGCGCCGUCCCUUUCCGAUCAAGAGAUGGACUUAGCACCCGACCCGGUGCUGCAUCCGAAGAGAUCCAAUUGCGGAUUGAUCCCAUGGACUUGGACGAUGAACUCACCGGUCUUCAUAACCAAGUUAGAAGGUUGAAACAUGUUGCUGAGGAGAUAGGGACAGAAAUGAAGUAUCAGAAAGAUUUUCUUGAACAACUGCAAAUGACAAUGAUAAAAGCUCAAGCUGGAGUGAAGAAUAAUUUCAGAAGAUUGAACAAGAGCAUUAUCCAAAGUGGUUCAAACCAUAUUGUUCAUGUGGUUGUUUUUGCGUUAAUCUGUUUUACUAUAGUGUACUUUUGGUCUAAAUUGUCAAGAAAAUGAGAAAAGCCCGAUCCCAGGUUGAAAGGCUAUACGUAAGGCUUCUUUCAAUGAAGCUUGAUCCCAGGUUGAAAGGCUAUAUUUAAGGCUUCUUUCUAUGACUCGUGAUUUUGUAACUUUGUUGUAAAGAGAGAACCUCAAAAUCCUUUGGUGGUUUUAAAAUGUAUCUGUAUAUGGCAUAGUUAAAGAAGCUAUUCUAUUUGAAAGAAGGAUGCACAGUUUGGUAGCUCGUUUACCGUAUUUAUUAUUGGAAUGGGGACUUUGUAUCUUGUUUUGUA